GCAAAGUCCGAUAAAGAACAAUCUUCAAGCAAUCGGGGGAGUACUUAAUUUAAUUUUUAAAAAGUUAUAGAAAACAUGCCGCACAAGCUGAGUUUGAUCGUUUUCAUGGCUGUUAUUGCCGGUGGACUGGCUUCAACCACAACAAUGGCCACCACCAGGGAACCAAUGACCACUACCACUGAAAAGCCAGUGGCUGAUAAUCCCAUGAAGUCCCUGGAUCGCCGUGACAAACGCCAAUUGACUGCCAAUGGAGGGCAGACCAGCCUGGCCGGCUCCAGUGGCACCUUUCCCAUCUUCUUCGACGGGGUGAACGUGAACCCCCCGCUGCAGACCCUGCAGCCCCUGCCGCCCCUCCAGCAGCUGCAGCCCCUGCAGCCCAUCACCGUGGUGACGCCCGUGGCCUCCAGCUCGAACGCCCAGAGCCAGCAGCCGCAGGCCGGCUGGCUGCCCGGAUUUGGCCAGAAUCUGCCCAUAAUCGGCACCUGGGUGGGCGGUCUGCCCAAUCUGAUCAGCGGCCUGGGGCUGGGCGGGCUGAACGGCGGCUUCGGCACUCUCGGUGGCCUUAAUCUGGGCAACCUGGGCCUGGGGGCCGUGGCUCCUGUGGCACCAGCGGCGGGGCAGACUGGCGGCUCGUCACCCAAUCCCCAGACCAGCUGCCCGCUCACCCAGAAGCUCAGCUGCCGCUGUGAGCCGCUCAUCCAGUUGCCUGGACUGAAGCCCAGUUCCAGUCCGCUGAGGUCGCAGCUGGUGCAGAUCCUGCGGCAGAACGCGCGCAAGAACGACGACGGCUCGCAGGAGAUGAGGGUGAUCCUGAGCAGCGGGCAUGUGCUCUACCAGCGCACCGCCAGGGAUCGCGGCCAGACCGGCUACCUGGCCAUGCGCAUCCAGUCGGGCAGGUACUUCAACAUCUACUACAGCGUCAACGAGAAGGAGUACACCGUGCGGGCGGACGUCAAGGACGCGCCACCCACCUCCGACUUCGACGACGAGCUGAGCGGUCAGCUCUGAAGUAGCUUGACAAGGUUAAGGUUUUUUUUAUAUAUUUACUGGCCUUAAAAUAUCUGAAAAUAUUAGGAAAUAUUUUAUUUCGAUACAUAUAAGGACAUUUAUAGUGUUUAUAAACAAAUUUAACAGGUUUAAAGAGAGCUGAGCCCUUUUCAAAGGGUGUCGGGCCAUCAAAAAGCACUCAACAAGGCCACAUAUGCCAGGCAAACCCAAUUUGAGCCCAGCCCCUAAACUUUCCCCUAAACUGGAUUAAUCCCUUUCUUAUUUGCAAACUUUUUUUGAACUACUACAACUACAAACUAGCUGCGAAGAAAUAAACAACAAUGAAACACA